UUAGCUUGCGAGACGAGAUAUGGUCUUGUAGUGUGCAAUACUUUUCGAUACCUCUCAGAAUGUUUAAAGAAGGCGAUAAUGGUACGGGAGGUUGCAAUGGCGCGCCGCCUCGUCCUCGAAGGAUAUUUCCUCGAUUUUCCUUGCGAAGAUUGUUGUAUUCCAGUCCGCUAAUCGGUCGUCGUAUUACGAGAACGCCUAGCGCUAGUAAUAGAAAUGCAAAAGGUAAAGACCAAGCGAGCAGUAAGGUGACGGAUGUUGAAAAGGGAGAAGCUAGAGUAAGCAACGGUUCGAGUCAUUUUCAAUUUCACAACAUAGAUCUCCAGCGUGCUUCCAGCAAAGGCUCCGUGCUUUCCUCUGCGGGAAAGAGUAAUGAGAACGGCAUGAUGGAAUGCCCAUUGUGCUUGGCCGAACUGCCAGGAGAAUUCUUUCCUAUCGUCCAGUCUUGCCACCAUCGCAGCUGCUACGACUGCUUUCAACAAUAUCUGAAAGUGGAAAUCUCUGAAUCCAGAGUUAAUAUCGCUUGCCCCGAGUGUUCCGAACUGUUACAUCCAAAUGAUAUUCGGAUGAUCCUGAAUGACCAAACGCAAUUGGAAAAGUACGAGGAUUUUAUGGUUCGAAGAGUACUCGCCGUAGAGCCCGACGCAAGAUGGUGUCCCGCUCCGGAUUGCAGUUUUGCUGUGAUCGCCAGUGGAUGCGCCUCGUGCCCGAAAUUACGUUGCGAGCGACCAGGUUGCGAUUCGUACUUUUGCUACCAUUGCAAGGCUAGGUGGCAUCCUAAUCAAACGUGCGAUGCUGCCAGAGCACAACGAUCUCAAUAUUACGAGCGUAGUUCCUCUCUAAGUUUCAGUCAAAGCGAUUCUCAACAUAGAGAUGAUAUAAAGCCGUGUCCCAGAUGUCAGGUUUUGAUCGUCAAAAUGGAUGAUGGAAGCUGCAAUCACAUGACGUGUGCAGUUUGUGGCGCGGAGUUUUGUUGGCUCUGCAUGAAAGAGAUCAGCGAUCUUCACUAUCUUAGUCCAUCUGGCUGUACUUUUUGGGGCAAAAAGCCGUGGUCCAGAAAGAAAAAGAUUCUUUGGCAACUUGGAACUUUGGUGGGAGCGCCAAUCGGAAUCGGUCUAGUUGCUGGUAUAGCAGUUCCGGCCAUGAUCAUAGGUAUACCAGUGUGGGUAGGACAGAAAUUGUACACAAGGUAUGAGAAGGCCAACAAGCACAAGAGAAACGCUUUUAUCGCCGGAGGAGUUACUGCAUCGGUAUUGGUAUCACCCGUGCUAGCAGGAAUAGCCGUGGGUGUCGGCGUGCCUAUUUUACUAUUUUACAUCUACGGCGUGGUUCCGAUAUCGCUCUGCCGAAGCGGUGGCUGCGGGGUGACCACCAGCGGCACCGGAGUGCGAUUCGAAUUCGACGAUGAAAACGAGCUGAUGGGCGCUUUAGGCGUGCGCAACGGCGGAGAUGCGGCAUCAAUAGACGUUGCGAGUCACCGCGGCGGCAAUCCUUCGAUAGGAGAGGCCUCGCUUUCAUUGGGCAGCGGCAGUCAGCUGGAGAAAUUGGGCCGAGAAAAUGACCGUGAAAGCGCCAGCAAUGUGGCCCUCGCUGGCACUAGUCUCGCAGGAAGUAUCGCUUCCAGUGUACUUCCUGGAGGUCAAAGGCUGGAGGUCCAGGCUGACGUUACGUCCACGCAACGCUUCAGUUUAUGUAGCGAGACUGCUUCCGCGGCUACUAGCUUGUCAGAAAAAUCCGUAAACGCUUCCAUCGCUUUAGAUGACGGCGCGGCUUCCACAAGAGCCUUGGCUGGUUCUGUUCUUAAUUUUAAGAUGGAUGGCAGUUCAAUCAGUGGUGGUAGAAGUACGGAGGGAGAGCAGGCGGCUAGCUCUGUCAACGGUGGUCACAUGGAUUCUGCCGGGCAAGCUACUUCCUUAAGCUCCCUGGAAGAGGUAGCACCUGGCUUAGCGAAACGCACCCGUCGCAAGCUUACAUUUGAUCGUCAAUGCAGUGAUUCAAGUACUUGGACUAUGUGCGGAGAGGACGGUGGUUCUGAACGUGUGCGAUUCGAUGAUCACGUCAGUGUGAUCGAAGCGGAUCAAGAGAGAGUGGUGGGCGGCAAGUUGGAAGGCUGCGCGAUGAAUAAUCGCUCGGCGGGUGGGCGUAAGAGAAACAAAGAUUCGGAGCCAGAAACGGAUGCUCAAAAAAUAUCCAAAAGUCCAAAUGGCGAAUUAAACGCCGAGAGCCCUGUGGACGAUACUCCACGCGAGCGCGUCAACGUCGCCAAUUUAAGAAAUGUAUUUUUUCACGCUUCAACUGUGUCCACGGAUCGCGAGAAACGAUUGUCGGUGAUAGAGGAGCCGAUGUCGACCGUCUCUCAGACUUCCAGCAAUCGGAUCUUGUCGUCUCGCGACGAGACCCAGAGUCCUACUAGUACGGACGAAAGCUUGCACUGCUAAGAAAAUUAAGACUGAGCCUGUGGAUGUCAUAAUAUACACGUGUCUCUCAGAAUGUUACGAUGUAUGUAUAGAUGCGUAUAUACAUAUUAUGAAGUGUGUAUAUAUGUAUUAAAUCACAUAAUUGUAACGCUCGAAUAACUAUAAAGAUUGUAUAUAUAUCCACAUAUAUGCAACAUUAUAGUACGGAAAACGAAAGAGGUAAAGUAAUUGUAACAAUUGUGUGCACUUGCGCUGUGAUUAUGCAUAACCAGAAACUUCUAAGUGUAAUAUACCUACGUAUAUGCAUAUAUAUGUACUGGCCUCCAAUUCGUUAUAAACAAUGAAAGAAAAUAGUUGAGUAUAUACACACAAAAUUUUCUCCUCGCAAUCUCACCAUCGAUCUUGCGCGAAUAAAAAAAAAUCAUUUAUUGCAAUAGAUAAAAUACAAUUCCAUUUAUAUCUACAUUAUUUCCUGACCCUCGGAAUCUGGUUUGUAACGAACGGGCGGACAAUACAAGCUAAGAAAAUGAAUUACAAAGAUGAAAGUUAAUGUUGCAGAUUGUCGCUGCAUUUUAUAAGUCAAAUACUGCUCAUUGCGUCUUUAAAUAUUACGCAUUCUUGUUUAAUAUCUAUCGGCCAAUAUAUAUAUAAGAAUAUUUGAAUAUGUUUCUCAAAAAACAUGUCUGCCCUUGCUGUGUGUGAAAAUACAUGUAAUAUGACAAGUAGCCUUAUUUUUCAAAUAAUACAUUUUCCUUCGCGUUGUAUUAUAUAUGAGAAUGUUUCAGGUGUGGAAGAAGUUGUAGUGUUUUGUGCGUAUGAAAGAUAUAUGCAAUUAUACGUAUAAUAUAUACCUA